AUGUUGGGUGAAGAGAACUCUAACGAUGCGUUUCUGGCCUUUAAGGCGUUAUUGGCAUCCUUCAACCCGAGCAGAGGAUUGUUGCCCCACUCAGGCUCCUACGGGCUGACUAACGAGGGGGAUGGAUCGGCUAAAUGUAUUUCCGCUGCAGAAGCGCAAGGCUUACACCACAGCCAAGAGACUCAACCAGCGUCAACUUCAACCUUGUUUGAUAAUUUCUACCUUGUCAAGCUGGUGAGCUGCACUAAUAUUUUCCCUAUGCUCCCACUAUUUCCUGAGAAGCGUCAAGACGAACCACGGGGCUGUACUAUGAUGGCCGAAGCGCUAGCCGCCGUCGGCAUCGCCUCCAACAUCAUUCAACUGGUCGACUUUGGUACCCAGGUUCUGAAACGGCUUAACCAAUAUCAGUCUACAAUCAAGGAGAUCCCGGAAGCUUUCUGUCAUAUCAAGUCUGAAUUGCCCGUUUUAUUAGAUGCCCUCCGCUAA